UUAUCGCCUUUUCCGCCUCUUCCCCACCCCGCCGCAGCGGGCAGAGGCCGAGCGGGUCUCCCACCCCCGCGAGUCGGGCCCGCCGCGGGAUUAAGCCACACCAGCCGCAGCUUCCCGCUUCCUCCCAUCCCCGUCCCCCCCCCGCUUUCGCUUUCGUCCUCGGCGGGGCCCGGGGCCGCGGCCCCACCUCUCCCGACCAUGUACCUGCUGUGUGCGAGAUGGCGGCCGGCAAGCGGCGGGGUGGAGAUCGGUUCUUGUGUCGCCCCAAAGGUUUUUUCCGUUGUGGUGGUCAUGCAGCUGGACGGCGCGAACGCCCCGGACUGUCGGCCGUACGAAUACCCCGUGGGUUCUGGGUGCUGCCCCAUGUGUGCUCCGGGACUUCGGGUUUUCAAGCAUUGCACUGCAAAUUCCAGUACAACAUGCAUACCUUGUGUAGGGGAUACAUACGCAGAUGAUCCCAAUGGUUCAGAACACUGCAGGAAAUGUAAAAUCUGUGAUAAAGGAGCCAACCUAGUGCCAGAAGUAGCGUGUACCUAUACGAAGAAUACUGUGUGUGGCUGUAUGCCUGGAUAUUUCUGCACUUAUUUUGGGACCAAAGACUGUGAACUUUGUCAACGCUACACUGUCUGCUUUCCUGGCACUAUGGUAAAAGAAAAGGGCACAAAGACCACUGACAAUGUGUGUGAAGCCUGUCCUCCUGGAACCUCCUCAAUAGCCAACAUGUCUUACAGUUGUACACCGUGGUCCAGACUUAGGGAGAACGGCUGGGUACAAGGAGAGGAUGGGAAUCCUUCCUCAUAUUCCUCUGCUGAAGCAAUUGUUGGUUCUGUUCUUGGAACCAUACUAGUUGUUGCAGUUGGCCUUACCAGCAUCUAUAUCUGGCAGAGGAAGAAAAGGAAAGUUUACACGCCACCGGUGCAGGAAUCUGGAAGUGGACAGCAGGGUCAGGCUUUGAUACUAACCGUGGAAAAUGAGGAUCAAACAACUCUUCCUGUGCAGGAAACCGGUGCCGAUCCUAAAGAAACCAGGCCUGAAUGACCAUUUUUGUUUGAACUAUUCUGGACAAUGGAGAUGGUGAAAUAAAAACCAAAAAAACAACCACAAAAACCUGCAAAACGCACAACACCCCAACAAUAAAAGCCUGACUGACAUUUUUUCCAAAUAUUCAUGGAGAAAAAGACAGCUUGAAAUGAAAAGGAGGAUCUGCAGAGGAGCUAAGGAAGUAGCCAAAUGGCAUCUUCAGUACUGAAGUGUAAAAUAGCUGAGUGAUCAAGAUGUUGGUCAGCAUCGUCAGAGGUUGUAAAGCUCCUUCCUUUUACAUCCCCCUUUAUGGACCAGUGGGCUGUGUGGUAUGUCCGGAGUUUCUUUCUUACCAAUUUGGACAGUUACCACUUGGUAUGCAUGUAAUUAUCCCAAGAUAUAUUUGUCAUUGGAAAAAAAAUAGCUUUUUUUUCACUUUAAAGAUUCCAUAUAACUAAUACACAACACGUUUUCCAGAUGUAUUUUGUAUAUAUUUUUCCUUUUAUAAGUAAGGAAAAUACUAAUGGAAAAUAGCUUUUAGUAAUCUCACGAAUGAUGUCUACACAUUUACCAUCCUUUGCUAGUCACCUCUGCUCUAAUCUGCGAUCAUGUGUUUAUGACAAAGUUAAGGUCUGUGUGAACAUCAUGUCUAGAAGUAAAGUUCUUACUAAUGAAAACACACUCUAAAACUACAUUCCAGUUACAUGAAGAAGGGGAAACACCGGGUUGCUUGGCUGUUGGCAUUAUCUUAAGGAAAAGCAUUAUUCUUAAAGGGCAUCAUGAUGGAUGUAGAUUUUUGAGGAAGGAUUUGGUGAGGAUAGUAUUGCUUUGUUUAUCAGCUGAAGAAUGGUAUAUAAGAUGAGAUGUAGAAGAAGAUGGAGAGAGGCACAGAGAAGGCCCAGGAUGGGUGCAGUGGGAUGCCUGGGAGGAGGUACUGGGGGUGAUGGAAUGAGCAGAUCCCCAGAUGAGCUGCGAAAGCGUCAGUGUCAGGGUGAGGAGCCUGUUCUGCCCAGGGCACUGGGGAACGGGCAGUGGGGUUAGAGAGACUGACAUGGGAGGUGUCUUGGCAUUUCCAUUUUGAAUGAUGCCGAGGAAGAGCAGAGGGGUGGAAGGGAGGCGUGAGGACAGUUUGCAGUAAUCGACACGGGUUGCCUGUGUUUUUGCUGCAUUAAUGCAGGCAGUCCCUCGAAUUCAUGUGCACCCAGGCCAUGGAUCUAGAGAGCACUGCUCUUUGAUCAGCAAACUCGCAUAACUCUUCCCCACACGACUAUGAGGAAUGGAAGAAAAAUGAGAGGUGGUUGCCUUUUUGCUUAGAGAAAAUAUGAUGGACAACUUCUUCAUUAAAAACCCCCAAAACUAUAUUAGUUUGUUCAGCAGCAUGUUCUGUAUUUUUGUGCAAGGUAAGGUGAUGUUUCAGAAACUCUGCAUUUUGUAAGAAUGGCUACAAGUAGCUAUACAAAAUGCAGGUCUAUUGUAAAAUCAAGUUGCAAGCAACAGAAAGUUAAAGGUUUUAGCAAAUGCUUUAAAAUUCCUUUUAAAAUUUCUGCUGUAUAUAUGCAGAUCUGUCCAUGAAGAAUUAUUUUCUGUUAAAGUUCUAUGGAUAAAGUUGAUGUUGUGAUUUUUUUAGUGUUUUUAAAAUCACAAUAAAAGUCAUCUUUAUGAAACCUUUAUGUUACAGUAAUCGUGGAAGGGCAUAGUCUACAUUUUUUUUUUUUUUUUUAACUCCUGGCUGUUUUUAUGUCGAAGUUCUGAAAGUAUCUGAAACUGAGAUACAGCAUUUCUUGUUUCUUGUGCAUCUGCUGAGAGCCACGCAAAAAGAACUUAACAAGCCCUGACUUUAUGGCAUGUUUAGAAUCAGUUUUACUUUCAGUGCUCAACUGUGACAAGUUGGUAAGGCGGUUCUAACAUGUCAUUCUGAAAAUACCAGUGGCACCCAGUAAAUGCUUUACUACUUGCUGUGUUUGCCAGUUUUGUGGCUGGUCUGGUACAACUUGCUGAGUAUGUCACCAUGAACAAUAGUGAAAUGCAUUGGGCAAACACACUUUGGGGUUUUUUUCCGACCUUUUUUCUCUACAUUAACUCUUUGGUAGCUGUUUAAUGUUUCAUGGGGUUGGAUGUUUUCCAGCAUUUGGCUGACUGUAGCAUCUGCUAGUUGUUAACCACUGCUUGUUCCUCCACAACACUUGUGCAUGAAGGGUUACUUCUACUGUUUAAUGAAAAGUUUUCUUGAGCAAACUUUAAAGAUAAAACCAAAAACCCCAAAUGGAGAGAGUUCAGAGAAUAGUGACAAGGAAACUUCAGCCUCCUUUGUGCUACAUGCCAACCUUGGGGUAAGUUCUGGCUUUUUUAACCUUUAAUGACUCAAUCUUAUUGUUGAAGCCUUACUUUGGCAGCAGUAGCAUCCUGCUUUUGCACCUGCACUAGUGAUACAUGUGGCUUUGAACAGACUUCAAAUCUUACAGCUUUGCAACUCCCAGCACUUCUUUCAGUUUACAGGUAGCAGGUGUUACUCAGUACCUUGCUGGCUGACAUGUACAUUGUUUUCUUCCAAAAAUGCGAAUUGUGCAAUUGGUGACCUGGCAGUACCGUUUCUGACAUGGUGCCUGGCUUUCUGGUGGGCACAGAGCUUUCUCUCAGUAUGGUGGUGGUCAGGUUUUGAAGGUUUCAUUGCUGCUCGUCUCUGCAUAAUCCAGAUCUGCUAAUUCUCACCUUGGGUUAAUUAGUGUUUGUAAAGCACUUUGUAAACCUCAGCAGACAGGUGCUAGACACAUGUAAACCAUUAUAGGUGCUGCAGGUGUGCUGACAGGCUGCUGCUGGACCAUGGGUGUCUGGUUGCCUUAGAGCUGGUGUGAUUUUUAAAUUAUUGUUUUGGCAUACUCUGGAUCUUAAGUUAUUCAGUAUUACUUUUUACUGAUAUGAAAUUUUAAUUAAACAGCUGUGAAAGGAGAUUAAGAUCUUAAGAAGGGAGAGGAGUUAAAUAUUACUGUUCAGUGUUGUCAUUUGGAGGAGGGAUUUAUUGUAGUAUUUAGGCAGCAAUUGCUCCCAAGAUGUUUUUUGCAAAGAAAUACCUGUCCUGCAGCCCCAUAAUUAUUAGAUCAUCAGAAACUAGAGAUGCACAUCUAAAACAGCGCAGAAACUUUGCUGUUUCAUAACUCCUGAGACUGGAGAGGCAAGACUUGUAGGAAGAGGUAACCUACAAUUGGAAUUCUGGAGCCAACACCACAAAUAACAUUUCAGCUUGUGUUUCUUGCUGAUUUGAGAAACAAAGUUUGUCCUGCUGACCAUUGGAAAGACCCUCUAAAAGGUACUAAAAUUUAAAAGGCAGUUGAGCCUGGGUAGGAACUCUUGGUUUCUAUGCCUUCAGUUUGCAGCUGGGAGUUUUGCAGAGUCAGGUAAAGAGAUGGGAUGCAGCAUCAGACUAGGAUCAGCAAUCAACAAACUAAGAAAAAUUUUUUUGGGGUGCCUACCAUAGCAGCAGUGUGUUUAAUGUCUACAGCAAGUGUGUGUUUGAUGGAGUCUGAAGAAACCUGCUAAUGUUCAGUUGUGUCUUUUGGUCUGUUUUAGAAGUUGUAGCCUGAUUUGUCACCAGGUGGCAGCAUGAGAGAAGGAAAGACUUCAUCUUUCUCUCAUUCUGGAAAACGCCUGAAUAUUUCUUUUCCUAGGUGGAGAAAAGAUGGUCUUGUACAGGACUCCCCAGGUGACUCUGUUCCUUUGGAAACAACUGAAAAGUCAGUCAUUGCAACUGCUGAGGAAAGUAUAAAGCCUCAGGGGUGUUCACAAACCGAGCGUGUAGCUGCCGCUGGCAGCGUGCAGCGCAGCAGCGGGAUGGCAGGGAGUGCCGCGCAACGGCUGCGCCGCAGGGUGACCGGUUGUACCACGCGAUGCCGACAAGCUGCGCUGGAAAACCUGACUUGACAGACUGAAGGUUUUUGAAGCUCGGUCUGGUCAGGACCCCGGGGUCUUACUGGAGAGGUUUCAUCAUCUCUGCUCUUCACUUUGAAUUGGCAGUUGUGUUAAACUGAGAUGGGAGGGAAGCUUACGGAGGGCACAGGUGUCAGAUGGAAACCUAAUGCCACGUGGUGACUGAAGCGCACAGCAACAGACCCUGCUCACAAGCCACAAUCUGAAUUUGAAUGUCCUCUGCAUUUAUCUCUCUGUAGAUGUUCGCUCACUGAUAGGCUAAGGUCAGUGAAACUCCGCUGCUGCCCCUGUCCUUAUCUUGAGUUGUUUCUCACUUGUGGUGGCACAUCUCUUCUGUGACCCUUGUGCACAUGAUUAUGGAAAAGUAACACAGUGAUGUCCUGGUUUUGGCUGAGAUAGGAAAAGAGAAGUUGAAAAGUCGUCGAUUUCUCAGUAACAGCUAAAAACAUCAGUAUGUUACCAACAUUCUUCUCAUAUCAAAUCCCAUACUGAAUCCAAAACACAGCACUAUUAUAGCUACUAAGAAGGAAAAAAAAAUAAGCUCUAUUCCAGCUGUGACCAGGACAAGUGGUUAACAGGGAGUGCCAUUUCCUAGUUGUUUCGAGCCUCUCUCUUGUCUCAGUUCUUGUUUCAUCAGGGUUGUUGGUAGCUAGUGGGAUGUAGGGGGCUGUAACUGGAGAGGGGAGGUGUGAAUGCCAGAGGGGUAAAAUAGAAGGACACGCGUGGGACUGUGAAGGGAGGUUGUAGCUUACGCGCUCGGGUUGUGCUGGCACAGACACAGAGCGGCAGAUGGAAAGAGUCUUCUGCAGGUGGGAGGUGUAAUAAACUUACAUGAAAAAAUAAAGUAACUUCCAUGUGCUGUAAUAAUAACUCAGAAUAAAACCUCCCAGGCACUUUUUAAUUAUCCCUUUAACAGUUGUAUGUGCCAGAACUUCUAAUGGCACAUCUCCAGAGCUUAAUGAUUUUGCAGAGUAAUUAAAUUGUCAGCCGUGUGAACCUCCUCCACCUGACCUCUGCAUGGUUUUGUGCUGUUUCCCUUGCUUGGCACAUAUAUACUGUUGGCACUUUCCUGAGCUCCCUCACGGUAGGCAGUGACUGCCUGACAAUCUCGUAUCAGACAGUUUCGUAGUCCCUCUGCUAAGACUCAAGUGAAGAAAUAUAAGAAAGCAAUUCGCAAGGCCAGAACUGUGCUACGAAUAUGGUCACAAAGCACAAUAACUUGUACUUUUAGAUACGCAAAUCCAACUAGCCCUAGGACCAUAUCUGUUAUCUGUAGAGUACGUGCUAAGUUGAUAUUAGCUAGUCCAAUUGAAACAGUUAAUAGCACUGCAUUACUGGACACAACUUUGUUUUAUUUUCUUCCAUAAUCUCAUGCUUUUGUUCUUGUGUAUGACUCUGUGACCUGCCUCGUGAGCAAGGGACCUUGCCAGCAUGUUGGGAACAUACUGGGCUAUAUACCCUGCUCCCUAACCAUAAUUAUUUCUGUAUUUCUUACAGUGCAAUGAAGAGGUCUACAUCUUGUAA